GUCACAAAGGCACACAGGUCACGAUCCGUUCCUCUCAGUUAAUCAGUGGUCAUGUCGUUCGACCAGGACAUCUGCUUUCUCUGCAAAGAAGACCUCAGGGACCCUGUGUCCAUUCCUUGUGGCCACAUUUUCUGCUCCAUUUGCCUCAGAACCUAUUGGGACCAUGCAGACCAUACGGGUCAGUACCUGUGCCCACAGUGCAGGGUCAGCUACAACAAGAGGCCUGCACCACGUCGCCUGCAGACCUCAAGGAGUUUGUCCGCCGUUAAGCUUUCCGAAGCCGCCCCUCCGGCCCCUCCAUCUCCAGAUUACAACUAUGCCGGAGCAAGAGAUGUGGCGUGUGACAUCUGCAUUGGAAAGAAGCUUAAAGCUGUCAAGUCUUGCCUCAUGUGCCUAGCUUCGUACUGCGAGAAGCAUCUAAAGCCCCACUAUGAGUCUGCUACGUUCAAGAGGCACAAGCUGGUGGACGAGAUCGGGCAUCUGGAUCGGCAGAUUUGCCCUCAGCACCAGAAGGGAUUGGAGCUUUACUGCCGCACCGAUCAGAUGUGUAUCUGUGUGUUAUGCACCGUGAAGGAGCACAAGGGCCAUGACAUGGUGUCGGCUGAACAGGAACGGAACGAGAUGCAGCAACGUCUGGGUGCCACACAAGCCGAGAUCCAGGAGAAGAUCCACGACAGAGUGAAACAGAUGGACGAGUUGAAGCAAGCUGUGGAAGCACUGAAGAACUCAGCGACGAGGGCACUGCAGGAGAGCGAGAAACUUUUUGGAGACAUGCUCCACAGCAUUGAGAGGAUGCAGCAGGAAAUGGCUAAACUGAUUUCAUCCAAUAAGAAAUCGGCGCUUAAUACCGCCGAGAGCCACAUGGACCGUCUGAGCCAAGAGAUCACCGACCUAAAGAGGAGAGACAACGAGCUAACUCAGCUGUCACGCACCGAGGACCACAUUCACUUCAUCCAGAGUUAUCACAUGAUUGAUGCUCAGACAGAUGCUGAAGAGCUGCCCACGGUCAGCGUCAACCCAUACUUCUCCUUCGGCUCGGUCACUAAGGCUGUUUCUGAGCUGAAGCAGCAUCUGAACGAGUAUGGCAAUGAGGAGCUGGUCAAAGUGGCCACCACAGUGAACAAAAUGCCUUUCUGUCAACUAGAUGAUCGAAAGGGGAGGAAGUCUAUCAAGGCUGAUGAAGUUGACGUGUCUAAGGUGCAGAGGACCCUAAGUUCAGCGCCUCGCAGCCAGGCACCUCGCACCAGGGACGAAUUUCUCAAAUAUGCCUGCCAGCUAACUCUCGACCCAAACACAGCGUACAAACAGCUCUACCUCUCGAGAAGCAACAGGAAAGCUGCACUGAAAAGAGACCCCCAGUCCUACCUCGAGAGCCCAAAUAGGUUUGACUGCCUCCCUCAGGUGCUGUGCAAGGAAGCCCUGUCCAGUGGUGCAUACUACUGGGAAGUGGAUUGGAGCGGAGAGGGUGUCUCCCUUGGCAUCACAUACAAAGGCAUCAAGAGAACUGGCUAUGGGGAUUCAGCCCGCAUUGGCUACAACCGUAAAUCCUGGAGCCUUUUUUGCUCUGAUUCCAGCUACUCGGCUCGCCACAGCAAAGAUCAGGUGGAGAUCAAUGCACCCUACUCUUCUCGUAUUGGGGUUUUCUUGGACUAUGAUUCUGGCACUCUGUCCUUCUAUAGCGUGGCUGAAACCAUGUCACUUAUACACCAGUUUAAAGCCUCCUUUGCUGAGCCUGUUUAUCCUGGCUUCUGGGUGUGGUAUGAGUCUGCCAUCUGUAUCUGUCAGCUUUAGUUUUGCUGCAUAGUCUACUUGGUUAGCUGUGUUUUGUACAUGUACAUGUAACAUGUACAUGUAAAAGUUUAAAACAGAUUUUUUGGGUCUGUAUUUUUCCUGUAAUUAAGUUAUUUACAGUGUGAUAUCAUGGGCCAUUAAAUAAGUGACAUUGUUGGCCUCACAUUAUUGAGGAUUUUUAUUAUAUUAUU